AUGGCUCUGCCGCAAGAUGUUGGUAAACCUUGUCUUGAUUGUGGAUCGGAGUGUCCUGGAUUUAAGUUACAUCCAUGGAGAGCAUCGUGCAAUAAUUGUCUUUGCUCUUUCAACAAACAUGCGAUCACUGAAUCGUCGGGAACUACAUACUUGCACGAGCUAGAACUGCCAGAUACUGCGUUAAUUAAGGCAUUUGAAGCUGCACAAGCGAUUGCCAAAGAACACGAACUGAAUUGGCUCCCAAUAGGAAUUCAGGCUUCCGAGAUCGAAGCAUUUCUUGCUUCCCUCCCUGCCAAUGAACUUCCAAGGGGAGAUACUUAUGCCCAAAUGCGAUUGAAACGCAUCCGUAGCCAAGUUCCUCCACAAGAUCGCAAACCGUCGGCGUCACUAAACACUGCAAAGCUCAAUCUUGUGUCGUCUGAUGCGCACGUAAAUUUAGAUGGCGAAAUUCGGGAAGCAACUCGUUUUCAAGUUAACCGUAAUAAACGUGACUUUGGUAUUGGAAGGAUUGAUCGUUCUUCUACGAAUCCUAAUAUCGCUUGUUUCGAGUGCUCUGAGCCAAUUGGAUUCCACGAACUUCGCGUCCACGUUCGUCAAGAGCAUCGAUUGGCUAACUCAGCUGAUGAUGUCCCUUCAUGGCAUCCAGGAUGUUUCCGCUGCGCGACUUGUUGCGAACAUCUUGUUGAUUUCGUAUAUUGUUGGCUAAAUGGAAAACCCUACUGUCUUCGACACUAUGGCCAGUUAGUUCGUCCGCGUUGCUCUACUUGUGACCACUUAAUUUUUUCGGAGGAAUAUAUACGUGCAAUGGAUCAGGAACACCAUACGGGUCAUUUUGCUUGCCGUAGCUGCGACGUCUCUCUAACCGGUCAACGCUACAUCCUUCGUGAUGAGGAACCCCAUUGUCUGGCCUGUUAUGAGGCGAAAUUCGCCAACACAUGCGAACAAUGCAAAGAGAAAAUUGGCUGCGAUUCCAAGGAUUUAUCUUUCAAAGAACGUCACUGGCACGAGAAAUGCUUCAAGUGCUCGGCUUGUAAUACCUCGCUGGCAGAUCGUCCAUUUGCGACCAAGGAUGAUCAGCUUUUUUGCUCAGACUGUUAUGAUGAACGCUUCGCGGCACGUUGUGACGGUUGUCAGGGUGUCUUCAAGGCCGGAAUGCGCAAAUACGAGUACCGAGGUCAACAAUGGCAUGAGGAGUGCUUUGUCUGUGUGGAGUGCAAACAGCCAAUUGGUGCCAAGAGCUUUAUUCCUCGCGAAAAUCAAGUCGUUUGUGUGCCCUGUUAUGAGCAAAAGUAUGCUCAAAGAUGCAGCAAGUGCUCUGAGGUUAUCAGACGCGGUGGUGUCACUUAUAAGGGCAAUCCUUGGCAUAAAGAGUGCUUUACUUGCACUAGCUGUGGUAAACAACUAGCUGGACUUAAAUUUACCUCGAAGGAUGAACAGCCCUAUUGUGCAGAUUGUUUUGGCGAUCUCUUUGCUAAGAAGUGUACCAAAUGCGGAAAACCAAUUACUGGUUUCGGAGGCUGCAAAUUUAUUUCAUUUGAAGAUCGUCAUUGGCAUUCAGAGUGUUUUGCCUGCAGCAAAUGUAAUGCCAAUCUCGUUGGACGUGGUUUCCUGACAAAUGAGGAUCAAAUUAUGUGCUCGGAUUGUGGUCGUUAA